GGCCUUAGUCCGAUGGGGUUAAUUAAAUGCAUUUUCCCACCAGCAAAUCAUUGUAUGUCACAGGAAACCUCUCAUUCUAUAGAUCAGACUAAACUGGACAAUAUGACAAAAUAUGUAAGGAGCCGUUUUAUUGCACUGGCCAUUGACUAAAUCACACUAAGAAUGGACAACAAAAGUAGUUGUAGGUCGAUGAAUAAAAGCAUAUCUUUCUAAGCUGAGUCAAAGCAAACCUGCUCGAGUCACAUCUGUUAAAAGGACAUUGCAUGGCGGUCGUUCUACUAAAGAUACCAGUAAUGUACCAGAAAGCACCGCCGAUAAAUAGGGGCACAGUGAGGUCACGCUAUCGCCAUACCGAUCUGCACGCUGCAGGCUUCUGCACGAAGCCCAAAUAUGUACAUCCUCCUUGUAGUAAAACGACUUGGCUGUGCUUGUGCGUGUGUAAGCACUCGGCGUGUUUAUAAGGAUUUUUUUUUCCUCGUUCAUUCAUAAAUGUUUUCCGUGGCAGCCUCGGUCGACGUGGUGAUUGGCUGCGCCCGGCUCUUGCCAGCCCCUUGUGGAUCAGUGCAGCGAGAAGGCAUGUAAUUGACAGAGUCACGUGUGCUCGAGGGGCCAGCGAGCUGAGAGCCGGGAGAAGGGAGCAACACAAGAGGGAGAGCACGCUAGACCAUGCGAGCUAAAUUCGGGAGCGCUUCAAAUCAGGAUGUUACAUUGAUGCUACAGAUCACCCCCAGCAAAAAGGAAACUUUUCACCUUUCGUUUCUACAGCAGGAGGCGUCAUGGCCGAAGGAGGGGCUGCCAGAGGUACAAGAGAAGAGCAGGGGAAGCUGCCAGAGCAAGAAGAAGAGGAGGAGGAGGACCCCCAGGUUCUGCUUGGCUCAGGCCAUUGCAAGUGGUUCAAUGUACGGAUGGGCUUCGGUUUCAUAUCUAUGACUAGCCGGGAGGGAAGUCCCUUGGAAAACCCUGUUGAUGUUUUUGUCCACCAAAGCAAACUGUACAUGGACGGAUUUAGAAGCUUGAAAGAAGGAGAACCAGUAGAAUUUACCUUUAAGAAAUCUUCCAAAGGGUUUGAGUCAUUACGGGUAACAGGCCCAGGAGGAAACCCAUGUUUAGGAAGUGAAAGACGACCCAAGGCAAAGACCGUUCAAAAAAGAAAACCAAAGGGGGAUAGAUGCUAUAACUGUGGUGGCCUUGAUCAUCAUGCAAAAGAAUGUAAUCUACCUCCGCAGCCAAAAAAGUGCCAUUACUGUCAAAGCACAAUGCACAUGGUAGCUAACUGCCCACACAAAAUAGUUCCACAGCAUCCAACAACUUCUCAGGGAAGAUAUGAAGCAGAACCACAGCCUUCAACUUCAUCUUUUCAGAGAGAAGGGGGAGGGGCGUUUGACUAUUCAUCUCCAUCUUAUUCUCAGGAGGGAAGAUCAGAGCUCUCAGAACGUUCAAGCAGGUUGCCACAAGAAGCUUCCUUAAGUAAGAUAUCUACAUCGCCUGAAGAACAAAGCAGAAAGGGGCCUUCUGUUCAAAAAAGAAAAAAAACUUAAGGCUUUGUCCUGGUGUUUCCCUUUAACUUCACCCUUUCUGGGAAGUUCUACCUCAUACAAAUACAGGGGAAGUCAUUUCAUUUAUUGCAACUGACCAGGAAUUUUAACUACUGUUAAGAAACUGUGAAUUUAAGAAAAAAAGCAAAAAAGCAAAAUCAUGAAAUGGACAAAUCACUCCAAGCAAAAUUAAAAUGCAGGGUGUUUUUCUAUAUUUUAUUUUCUAAUUAUUUUGUGUUUUCAUAUCUGUAUAACAUUUUGCCCUUAAUACAUAUCACAUUAUAAUUUGAAGGAAAAAGGCAUCUUUGAUAUAAUUGUGUGUGUCUAUAUACACAUAUAUACAAAAUAAAGGUGCACAUACUGUAGCACACACCAGGAAAUGGCAAUUCCCUGAGUGAUAACAUAGAUAACAUGAAAAUGGCUCUCCAAUCAGAACUAUUAAAAAAGCAAAAGGGAGUCACAGUUAUAAAGGCUUGUUUAACAUUUUCAUUGGGAUAGAAGCAGGAAUAUUACUGGCGGUCCACCUAAAUAAGGCCCCGUACAAAUGUUGCAACUACAGCUUAGAUAAUCAGGCUUUCCAUAUUCAUUGUUUUUAAUUGUUACUUUUUUUUGUUAAACACUCCUGAAAUUAAUUUUUUUAUUUUUACUGUCAAAAUGUUAUUGUGUACACAAAGUUUAUAAGAUUGUUGGGUUUUUUGCACCAUCUCUAUCAAUCCUUCCUAAACAGGAGGGGGUUUUCCUGCCCCUGACCUUUUUGAACCUUCGGAGUUCUAACUGAGCAAUAUAUUGAGCCAAAUAUGCUUAAGGUGUCUUUAAAUAUUAUGUUCACAUAUAAAAGAUCAAAAAGAGACAAUGAAUGAUUAUCUUCUGUGAUGUUGUAUCAUAUCCUGUAUUAAUUAUAGUGUGUACUAGAUGAAAACAAUGCAAAAAACAUCACAGUUGUAUUGAAGUCACAUUGGCAUAAUUUCUAAAAAAAUGAAUCUUGGCAGUGGCAACAACACAAUUUUCAUGUUAUUUAGCUUAAACAUGGUCUUUGGGGACCAUU